AUGCUAGCCGCCACAACACUUGUCACGGAUGUCAAUGGUCACGGCUACAUGACGGAGCCAGCCGUGACUUUCCUGUCGUCGUCCACGGACAACACGCAGUUCAUCGCCACCAUUGAGGCAUCCGCGUCGAAGUUCAGCGGCACUUUCUCCGGCUCACCCGCAGACAACACGGCCGCCUUCACGACUGCAUUCGAGUCCAGCUCGUACACAUCCCUGAAAGAGUUGAUCAACGCCUUGACCACGGUUACUGUCACGGAUGCUACGCUUACUUGCGGAUCAUGUGACCCUGAUGAGACGGCACAGCCUCUACCGGAGACCACGUUGACGUUCUACUGGUUGGCGCUGCAUUCGUCUACCUGGCAGGUCUAUAUCAAUUGCGCGCCGCUCGAGAGUACUACCUCGACAGGUGCAACGUCCAAGUACGCCGUGACGGGCUCGUCCAGCUCAGCCACUACUACUAACUCGACGUCAACCAGGUCAACAGCUUCAUCGGCUGCCGAGGCUUCGACUGCGUCGAGCUCCCACAACUUUAACACGAACUUUGCGACGUCCUCCUCGGCUUCAACAACCGACGAGACCUCAUCGGCUGCAUAUACAGAUGCACCAGCUUCCACUACUACAGCGCCAACGACGACAACGGAGACGCCAGCUACUGCUACGACGACCGAUAAAGCGACUACCACUCCUGCUGACACCAGCAAAUGCUCGGUGCGUCGCCGUCGCAACUAA